AUGGCGUCGCCACCGCCCGUGGAAGAUCAAUCGCGCCUGCUGGAGGACGCCCUGGGUGUGGUGCGCCAGCAGACAAUGCUCAUGCGGCGGUGCCUGGAGACCCCGGGGAAGCUCAUGGAUGCGCUCAAAUGCUGUUCAACCCUAGUUUCGGAAUUGCGAACGAGCAGCCUGGGUCCGAAGCAAUACUACGAGCUCUACAUGUCCGUCUUCGACGCGUUGCGGUACCUGUCUGUUUAUCUCCGCGACAACCACCCAGUGAACCACCUAGCGGAUCUAUAUGAGCUUGUGCAGUAUGCAGGCAACAUUAUCCCCCGUCUGUACCUUAUGAUCACGGUCGGUACGGUGUACAUGGCUAUCGAGGACGCGCCCGUUAAGGAGAUCAUGAAAGAUAUGAUGGAAAUGAGUCGCGGUGUGCAGCACCCUAUCCGUGGCCUGUUUCUACGGUAUUAUCUUUCUGGACAAGCCCGGGAUUGCCUGCCGACUGGCGAUGGUGAAGGACCAGAAGGCAACCUUCAGGACUCGAUCAGCUUCAUCCUGACCAACUUCGUGGAGAUGAACAAACUCUGGGUGAGGCUACAACAUCAAGGACACUCGCGCGAAAGGGAGCAGAGGACAAAGGAACGACAAGAAUUGCAACUGCUCGUUGGCAGCAACCUUGUGCGACUGAGCCAGUUGGUCGACAUGGAAAAUUACAAGAAGAUUUUGGGUCCACUCUUGGAACAAGUUGUGCAAUGUCGCGAUGUUCUAGCGCAGGAGUAUCUUCUUGAAGUCAUAACCCAAGUGUUCCCGGACGAAUUUCAUCUCCAUACCCUUGACCAAUUCCUCUCUGCUACCUCCAGGCUGAACCCCCACGUCAAUGUCAAGGGCAUUGUCAUUGGCAUGAUGGACAGGCUGUCCGCAUAUGCUGCCAGGGAAUCCGAGGCCGAGUCGCCCGAAGAUCGAAAGAAGAACGAGGAGGAAGCUGUCGCCAAACUUCUUGAGAGCUUACGGAUAGUACAAGAUGUUCCAGCAGAGGACGCGCCCAAAAAACCAAACGGAGAGACUGGAGUGAGUGGCGAGAGUGGUGAAGCUGGCGAAAUUGGCGAAGUUGGUGAAGCUGGCGAAGCCGGCGAAACUGGCGGUGCUGGCGCAAACGGAGAGACCGCUGAAGCAGCGCCGGAGGGCGAUACAGCUUCAGCCAAUACGGAGGCCACUGCGGUUGCGCCCUCCGAAACGACAGAAACUACGGCUGUAGAUACGGACGGCGAGAGCAAAAAGAAGCGUGGCAUCCCUGAACAUGUCAAGCUCUUCGAGAUCUUCCACGAGCAGGUCGCAAGCCUGGUCAAGAUGCAGCGUCUGCCUAUUCAAGAUACCAUUGCCCUUCUUGUUUCCUUGACGAAUCUUGCUUUGAACAUUUACCCCGAACGUCUUGAUUACGUUGACCGUGUGCUGGCUUUCGCAAACGAAAAGGUUGCACAGUAUGCCAACAGCGCCGACCUUCACUCACAAGCAUCACAAUCCAACAUCCUUAGCCUCUUGCUUGCUCCCAUCAAGGCUUACUUGUCUUUAUUCACGGCACUUGCUCUUCCGAGCUUUGUGCCUCUUUUGCACUCGCAACCGUACCCUACCAGGCGGGCAGUAGCCGGUGAGGUUGCUCGGAGUCUUCUUAGGAACCAAACGAGGAUCGCUUCGCAAGAGAACCUGGACAGUGUAUUGGAGAUUGUCAAGGUCAUAAUCAAGGAGGGCGCGCAACAGCCCACCGGAUACCCUGGGGGUCCAAUCCAAAGGAAGGGCAUGGAGACAGAGGAGACCAUUGAAGAGCAGGGUUGGCUGGCAAGGAUAGUGCAUCUCAUCAACGGGCCGGACAAUGACACUCAAUUCAAGCUCCUCCAAGCUGCCCGCAAAGCCUUCAGCGAAGGCAACGAGCGGGUCAAGUUCACUACCCCCGCCCUUAUUACGGCCUCCCUCAAACUGGCGCGUAAGUUCAAGGCCCGUGAGCACUUUGACGACAACUGGUCCUCGCAAUCAUCGGCCCUCUACAAAUUCGCCCACUCGCUGCUCAGCACCCUGUACGCGCGCGUCAACGGUGCCGCUGACAUCAGCCUACGCCUGUUUGUCGCCUGUGGCCAGGUCGCGGACCAGACUGACCACGAAGAGAUUGCCUACGAAUAUUUCGCGCAGGCCUUCACCAUCUACGAGGAGGCGAUCAGCGACAGCCGCGCGCAGUUCCAGGCGGUCUGCAUCAUUGCGGCGGGUUUGCACACGACGAGGAACUUCAGCAGAGACAACUACGAUACCUUGAUCACCAAGUGCGCGCUGCACGGAAGCAAGCUCCUCAAGAAGCCUGACCAGUGCCGCGCCGUCUACCUUGCGAGUCACCUGUGGUGGGCUACGGACAUCCGGGCCAAGGGUGAGGAAGAUGCUCAAGAUCUCUACCGCGACGGCAAGCGCGUGCUCGAGUGUCUGCAGCGCGCGCUGAGAGUCGCCGACGCAUGCAUGGACACGGCGGUCAGCGUCGAGCUGUUUGUCGAGAUCCUGAACAGAUACGUCUACUACUUUGACCAGGAAAACGAGGCUGUGACGACCAAGUACUUGAAUGGCCUGAUUGAGCUUAUCCACUCCAACCUCAACACCAACGAGGCAACGUCGAGCCUGGAGAACCCGCGCAAGCACUUCCAGCGCACGCUGGACUACAUAGCGUCGAGGGAUUACGAGGGCGUUGUCACGGCGCCGAAGUAG